AACUUCAACCCGAAAUUAAUUCCAACACCGAAAUGGUUCGUAUGCCGAAAUGGUGCCGUUGGGCUGUUUGCCUUUUCCGCCAGAACCACGCUACGCUGGCCAAGUGCACCAUUCUGUGGCUGUUGCUGGUGGGGAUCCUGCACUAUGGCUAUGUGUGCCAAAACUGCGAUCUGCUGUGGUGGAAGCAGCAGCUAACUGGCCGCAUAGUUGGCCCCAUGAUGGUCCUGCUGUACAUUAUCGUACUCAAGGUGUCGCUCAUCCUCUUCAUGACUCUCUGGAGUUACACGAAGAGAGUGGACAAGGAGCAGCAGAAGAAUGAGUUGCCCAUUUCGGCGGUAAAGCGGCGCUAUCGUCGCUUCAUUAUGAUGCGUCUGCUGGAGGCCGUCGAGGAGUUGUUGCAUCGCCCACUGGGCGACUUUACGCGUCCUUGGCGCGUGCAGAGACGCUUUCUGAAGCGCCGCUCGAAGUUCAUCAAGGAAGUGGAGCUCUUUCUGUGGAGUGCCCGCAAGCUGUACGAGCGCACCGAUGACCAGCUGUACCUGCCCCUGCACCAGGUGCUGCUCAUGGACGAUCAGCGGGAGGAGCAGCUGCUGCAGUUGGGCUACGGUGAGCGCCUGACGUCGUUGAAAGAUGUGGACAUACACAGGAUGGUCUACGGUUAGUGGAGCAGCAGCAGCGGCAGCAGCAAUUUGCGGCAGCCAAAAUUUGCCCAACUUUUUAAUUAGAUUUUGGCGACAGGCUUUGCCCGCUCUUGAUGGGUUUUCUCCUUACCCACAUGUUAAUUUUAACACGCUUGAAAUAUACAAAACGAGUCGCUUGUGCCACCGUCAA